UUUUCCCCAUCUCAAAUUUGGUUAUUUCUCAAAAUAUUUUGAAAAAUGGGAAAAAAACAAAUCACUAUCAAAGAUAGUACUAUUCAAUCCCAAGGAAUUAGUGAAAAAAAUUUCAAAGUAGUGAAUAUAAAUCCAGCUUUUCGAUCAUUUCGCCCUAGUUUUCCAGAUGAAAAUCCAAAAUUUGCUACUAAUUCAGCUAAAGCUUCUGUAUUAAAACCACUUUGUCUUGAGUUAAAUCACAACUUGUCUUCUGACUCCAACAUGGUCCUCGUGGAAUAUAAUCACGUAGGAGGAGACAUGAAUAGUGCAACAACUCACAAGUUUAAGGCUGAAUAUAUGAAAGCUAUGAACAAGUCCUCUAUAGAGAACAACAUGAUCACAAUAGUUCAUCAUCAUCAGAUAAAUCAUGAAGAUGAUAACGAAAAGUUUUCUAAUUAUAUUGAUCAUGUCAAAAACAAGAUGAGAAAUAUGUCUAAUUUUGAUGAUAAUGAUCAUAAAGUCACUCAUCAUAACUAUAUUAAUGACCGCUCCAAGAUCAACGUUAAUUAGAAGUACUACACACACAGAGUUAUGUAUGAAUAAUUUUAUCAUAUGCUUUAAUUAAAUAAGGAGAAUUUUGUUGAGUGCUAUAUAUAAAUUGAUUUUUAUUAUACUUCGUAUUUUGUACUUGAAAAGAUUGAAUAUUGGAAAAAGGAAAGAAACUUUUUAA